UAUACACGGGCACAUUUUAGUGCGGCCUUGUAUUAGACCACCCUGUAUAACACGCGUAUGUACAAACAGAGUACAGUAUAAGUAUGAUCCUCAUUAAUAAAAAUUGUUAUUAUUAACGAUAAAUUCUGUACGAGAUAAACUGGCUGCUAAUCUCUCCCAUAGAGAGGAGAGCCUGUUGUUUAUUUCUUUCAGUUUGUUCACUAAUAGCGCGAAUAUGCUGCUCUCAAUAGAUGUUCUAAUACAGUUUGUGAUUUUUUGUGUCGUGACUGCCACAGGAAAUUAUUCCACCUACUUGCGUAUUCCACAAGAAACAGUCAUCCCUACACACUACAAUUUAUGGAUCCGACCAGACUUCUCAAAAGAUAUAUUCGAAGGAGAGGUGAAAAUUUAUCUACGAUGCAACCAAGCCUCCGACAAGAUAUGCUUGCACAGCAAACAUCUCAAUAUCUCAGAAACCUUUUUAAAUCAGAAGAAAGCUAUUGUGGGAUCAGAAGAUGAGGAUAAAAUUUGCAUCGAAUACCAGGAUGGUUACAGAGUGGAGAGGGGUGACCAUCAAGUACAUAUCAAAUAUACAGGAGAGAUAUCAGAAGGAAAUACCACUGGGUUCAGGAAAGCAGCAUGUGGCAAUGGUGUGAUCAAGUACAUCUACGUGACGGAUUUCGAACCCAUACAUGCCAGAACAGUAUUUCCAUGUAUUGACGAACCUCCUUUCAAAGCUACUUUCAGCAUCCGUCUUACUUCACCAAAUGAUACUUUCAAGGCUAUCUCAAAUAUGCCCGUCAUUGGUACUUUCAAGACUCCAAAAGGCACAGUUUACGAUUUUAUGCCUUCAGUACCGAUGUCCACAUACCUAGUAUCAUUUGCUUUUACUGAAUUCUCGUACUACGAAGAACCAUAUCAAGAACUGGAUAGGUCCAUACCUAUCAGGGUCUACGGAACAAAUACUUCUAAGGAAAACAACGGUUUUGCUGUAGAAUCAGCAAAAAAGGCAUUGGAAUUUUUUACUGAGUAUACCAAACUGGAGUAUCCCAUACCAAAACUAGAUAUGAUCGAGUUUAGAAGACAGGAAAGUACAGCAACAGAAAAUUGGGGCCUGAUUACGUUCAGGGAAGGAUUACUUUCAAAAAGUUUCAGGUAUUACAGCGAUGACCAGAUGAAAAUUGUUAUAUGCCAUGAAAUUAGCCACUUCUGGUUUGGAAACUUAGUUACAAAUCAGUGGUGGAACGACAUAUGGCUACAAGAGGGUUUCGCAACAUACAUGAGCUACAAAAUGAUAGCAAAGGAAAAAGGAACUACACAGGUUACAAAUAUUACUCUUUUUGAAAAGUCUAUAAUUUGCUUAUUACUUUUCUAUUUUGUAGGUUAAACAAAUGAAAGAUUAUGCAUUGGACAAGCAUUAUUACAACGAACUAUAUGCUCCUACAAAGUCAGUUGUUUCGUCCUUGAUGAAGGAAAGGGAUAUAUUUGAUAAAUUUACCGACAUUGUCUAUGAUAAGGUUAGUAUGCAUUUAGUUAGUGUUGCCAUCGAGCCCUGAAGAAGAAAAUAAAUGUUUCCUAAACGUCAAGAACUUCCACCUAAAAGAAAUGAACACACAACUAGUCUAACAUGUUUUCAGAAUUUCAUGUAUUCGACCAAAACGUGAAGUAGGACUAUUUCUCAAAAAGUCUUGGUAAAUUGAAUGCGUAGAUUCCUAUUAUAUAAUUCUAUAUCUAUCAAUAUGACGGUAGCGCCUACGAAAUCGGAUCAACUACACAUCAGAAUUCUUGAAGGUCAUAUUUAUAAUAUAGGACAAAGACCUAUACAGGGUAUUUCCUAAUUACGGUUUUUAGGUCCAUUUUAAGAAAAAAACCUCAUAUGAACGCAUGUUUGUACGGAAUUUCAACUACCUAUUUUGGCAGACAUUGAUGGUUUUCCACUGGAUUUCUCUUGAAAUAAAAAUUAUUCUUGAAAUCCCCAUCAUUUCUAAGCGUGUUUGUAUGCGUGAUUGUUUUCGAUCCGAUUCGCAGGUUUUCUUUAAAAAAUAACCUUGCAGAAAAAUAGCUUUUAUUUUUUAGGUGAAAACCGUGCUUAGGAUUAAAAAAGUGCAAGAGUUCAAAUCUACAAAGACUCCAAUUUUUUAAUUUAUGGAAAAGUCAGUGGCGUCACAGUGACUUUCUAUAUUGAAAACUUUACCACCCUGUAUCUCAAAAAUCAAGACGCUCAGGACAUACGUUCAUAGGAAGUUUUCUUCUUAAAAUGUACACGAAAAUCGUCCCCUUGAUAUAUUGAGAUUCAAUUAGGACAUAUGUAUAUACUCAAUGACAAAGAAAAUAGAACCCCCAUUGAAAAUGUUGUUAUUUGAAUGGGAUUUGGUAUGCAGUUAGACAUGAGAAACAGGAAGUAGUGAUUAAAUUUUUGAAGUGAAAAAAUAAGGUGGGUAUAGAUUCUGAAUCUAACAUCAAUUUAUGCUAACAUGAGCGACUAGACAUCGUCAAAAAGAAACUUUUUCUAAGUUAUAAUUAUGUAUCAGCCAUUAAUUUUUAAAUAGUGGCAUAUCUUAAAUAUGCCAUACAAAACUAUGCUAAAUGAGUAAAUAUGCAAAUUUCACUGGGUGACCAAUUCUCUAUCUCGAAUUCAGCCCCACGACACUUCACUAUUUUUGGACGAUACGUGUAUUCAGCACCCCAAAUUACCGAUGUGUCUCCAGAUUCAUAGGCUUGUAACAGUUAGAGACAGAAAUGGAAAUAUGUAAUACAUACAGGUAUAAUAUUUUGAGAAAACAUUGCCUGAAUUAAGUAGAUAUAAAAUUUUAGUUUUACUUCCUACGCCACUUGCGAGGAAAUAUUGCAAUCGCGAAAAACCAUGUCACUCAUUUCCAUCGGUCGGUCUGUCCGCUAAUACUUGGUCCAUCUAUAACUUUGGAAGUACCGCUCAGAUUUUGAUGAAACUUUCACAAAAGAUUAGUAUUAUGCCAGGACGAAAAAGCUCGGUAGUUUUUUUUAAAUCGGGCCAGUGCCGGCGGAGCUACAGAUGAAAAAAAAUAAAAAUCGCUCAGUUAACUGAACGACGAUGCGUGUACCGCGUAUGCAAUGCCGAGCUGAGAUUGCGAGUGACCCGGUAGGCAUGCUUGAUACGUUGCUAGGUGGUCGGUAGGGCAGUAGACUAUAUCGCAAUGCUGUCAAAUCGGUGGGGACUAUGGACUUAUUUUAUGAGACUGUUCGACAUGAUCCAAUUAAUCUUUUUUUUAUAUAUGUCCGUAGCUAACUUCUUUCUAACAGAAACUAACUUGUGCCAACUAUAAUCCUUUAUGAAUUGAUGUCAACGUUGCGUGGGAAGUGCAGUGCAGUCUGAUAAUCACAAGAAAAUCAUCUUAGAAACAGACACAAAUUGAAAAUUAUUUUAUAUGUAGGCGGCAGGCGUACUACUGAUG